UAAAUAAAAAAGAAAGCAAAAUCAAGAAGCAAAGCGUUCAAAAAGCAAAGGCUUCCCAAUACAUGAAAAAAGUGCAAAACAUAUAUAAAAAUCCAAGAAAAUAAAAUCCAAAACUCAAGAACUGGAAAAGCCAAGAGCAAAUCUACGGACUCCACACGGGCAGCUACAGUAGAGCUUCCCUAAAACCGAAGCAGUUGCAGCGGCGGAGCGGGACGUCGGUCAGUGUGUUGCGCCCCCAUUUGUUGUUCCUACUGUAAAAAGUGGCACAAAUCGGGUUAGACGUCGCUCCCAGAGCAUUAAUGGCUCAGCCCAGGUAUGACGAUGGCCUACACGGCUACGGCAUGGACUCCGGAGCCGCAGCAGCGGCCAUGUACGAUCCACACGCCGGUCACCGGCCGCCCGGACUGCAGGGCCUCCCCUCGCACCACUCUCCGCACAUGACGCACGCAGCGGCGGCGGCGGCCACAGUGGGCAUGCACGGCUACCAUUCGGGGGCCGGGGGUCAUGGAACACCUAGUCAUGUAUCGCCGGUCGGUAAUCACCUAAUGGGCGCAAUACCCGAAGUACACAAACGUGAUAAGGAUGCGAUUUAUGAACAUCCGCUAUUCCCGCUUUUGGCGCUGAUCUUUGAGAAGUGCGAAUUGGCCACAUGUACGCCGAGGGAGCCCGGUGUGCAAGGUGGCGAUGUCUGUUCGUCGGAAUCGUUCAACGAGGAUAUUGCAAUGUUCAGUAAACAGAUAAGAUCACAGAAACCCUAUUAUACCGCAGAUCCCGAAGUCGACUCACUGAUGGUGCAAGCAAUACAAGUACUUCGGUUUCACCUUUUAGAAUUAGAAAAAGUACACGAGUUAUGCGAUAACUUCUGUCAUCGGUAUAUAUCGUGUUUAAAGGGUAAAAUGCCAAUAGAUUUAGUGAUCGACGAACGGGACACCACCAAACCACCGGAGUUGGGAUCGGCGAACGGAGAAGGGCGCAGCAACGCCGACUCCACAUCGCACACCGAUGGAGCUAGUACACCAGACGUUCCCAGCACCCAAGACUUUUCACCGCUGGAGGAGACCUAUGCCAGCUAUCGCAUCAAACACGAGGCGGACUUUUAGUCCCGCCCGACUUUUCCCCUUCGACCCCUCAGCAGUUCUCUAUGAAUAUACUGAAAAUCGAUCUAAUAUAGAGAUAACGCUUAGCCAUGUAGUUUGUAACUAAAGUCAAGUCUAGGCUGCGCUUAAAAGAAUUCACUCGCAAGUAAAAGAGAGAGGAGCAAACGCUAAAAGUAUAGUUAAUUCCUAGAAACUUCUAAACAUAUUUUCUAUGCUUAGUUUUCAAUUUUUUUUUCUAUAUGUUUUCGGGAAUUUUUCACUUUAGCAAACGUGUAUACGAUUUUUCAAAAACAAAACGUCCUUUUUCCCUCCUCGUGUUUUACAACGCUGGAGUGAACUUGCCAAAUAAUAAAUAAUCGCAAAAAAACAACGCUAAAUGAGAAUAUUAACUAUUUUCGUUGAACUUUUUUGUUUAACUCUGAACAUGCAACGCAUAUACGUAAAAAGAGAUACCAGAAAAGAAACCCCAACCUGAGUUCAAAUGCAAAGUAUACGAAUAAAACUUUAUUGUUUAUUAAAUAAUGAAAAAUGAAAUCGAAACAAAAACUUAAAGUUAAUUUAAUUAAUUGAGGAUUGCAAUGCGCCUAUACGAACGACAUUUUAAAUGAGCCGAUACCCUUCAAGAACAAUGAUAUACGUAAAUCAACAGCAACAACUAAAAACUAAACAAACUUUAAGCAUUUACUAAAGCAAAUCGAAAACUACGCGAUACUACUAUUAUAAAAUAAACAUAAAAGGAGAAAGCUAAUGUAAUUUAAUUGAAUUAGGGAGCCGUGGAGAAACUUAGAGAUCCCACGCUCUCCUCCCCCAAUUGUAUACUAUAGCGUACGUUAUAUAGUUCUUAGUCAGGCCCCAAAUUCCCCAAUUUCCCCCCACGUAGGAGUUGUAUGCUAGGCGAACCCCUAAGCUUGCAAGCGAAACUCAAAGAUACGAAAAUCGUUAGCAACAAACCCCUCUUCUAGCUACCAAAACCAACCAACAAAACACUUUCUACUGCUAAUUUCUACUACUAUUUUGAGUUGUAGACCUACUAAACCAACAAAACUACAAAAAAUGUACUUAAAUCGAACUGCGAACAGUCGAUCGCAGUUCUUCAGCUAUAUGGGCAGUCAUUUGUAUACUUAGACUAUAGUCGAACCGAUUCCCAGCGGUUUAUUAUAGCCAACUAACUAAAAAACAACAACAACGUGAAAAGCUUUUGUACUAUUUUUUCAAAACUACAAAACGAAAACUUCUUGCAAAACUAUAAAAAAUUUGCAACAAAAAAAUUAAAAUAGUUGUUGUACUUUGUCUCAAACCCAAAAAAAACAAAAACUUGUAUGUAAGAAACUAAAAUUAAACAUGAAAAAUUGCUGUAAUUAUGUAAUAAUUUUUCUGUUAGCAUAAUUCGCCGCUUUUUAGUUAAAAACAAAUCAAAACACUGUUGCAAAAAAGGAGAGAAAAUACGAAGAUGAACACUUUGUUUCCUAUGAGUUUAGUGUGAGCUUUUUGCAUUUCGUUAAAUAUUAUUUUUAAUGAUUUUUGUAUUAAAUGUUUUGCUACCAAAAAAAUACAAAAAUGAAAAAAAGAAGCAAAAUUUUUAUUGUUGCAUUGUAAAAAUAAACUAAAAAUACAAACACAAAUACUGAAACUGAAAUACGUAAUUGCUUUAGGUGAUAUUUUAUAAAAAUAUAACACAAGUAAAAAUAAUAAUAAAGAACUAAGAUUAAAAAAUGAUGCAAAAUAUAUACGUAAUAUGUUUUAAAAAUCGAAAGAAGGCGCUUUUUUGCUUUUUACUAUUUUUAAAAUAUAAAAUAAAUAAAUAAAUUAACCAUAAUUUGAGCAUACAUUUUUUAAUAAUUAUUAUUAUUGUUUUUACAAAUAAAACGUUUUAUUUAGUUUUUAGCAAAAUUGUAAAAUGAACGUAAAUGUUAAAGGAAAUGGAGAAGAGAAAACGCAAUCAAAAAUUGAGAGAAAAGAGAAAAGUAAAAUGAAAAUCCAACACAAAACAACCAGCAACUUCUAUACGAUAUACGAAUACAUUUUAAUGUAAUAUUUUUAAUUAUUUAUAUGUAUACUAAUAAUAUAAUUAAAACAAGGAAAAACAAAAACACAGAAGAAUUAAGUAAAAACAAAAAACUACAGAGUAAAGUUUAAAGAGUUAGCCAAUAAAUAUAUGAAACAAACGAAGAAACAAAAACAACAAAAAAAACCAAAAUAUAUUUGAAAAGUAUAAAACAAAA